AUGAUGCCCUCGAUACCACAGCCUCAUGUUAUCGCGCACUUUCGUUCGCUGGUGUGGCAAUCUCUAGACAACGAUAUGCUGCCGACAGCACUGUUUGCUGCCGAGAGGUUAAAUGCUUAUGACCCGAAAGGCGGUGACUCGGUUCAUUUAUUGGGCUUAUGUUUAUACCGGGAUGGCCAAUAUCUAGCAGCGGAGUCAUUAACAGAGAGCUGGGUCCGACAUCUAGGCUGUGCAUAUAUCUAUGCCCAAUGCUGCUUAAAGCUUGGAGAUGGCAGAGAAAGCCAGGGUAUAAAUGCCUUGGAAACCUGUAGGCGGCUUUGGAACGGGACUAGCACAUGGAAUCAGCAUUCAGAUACAGCCAGGCGCUCGAUACCAGAUGCUGCAACAGUACACUUUCUAUUGGGCAGGUUAUGGCACAACGCUGGUGAUGUGAAAAAAUCGGUGGAUUCAUAUGUAGCAGCUCUUAAACUGAAUCCAUUUGCGUGGGAGGCGUUUACCGGUCUUUGCGACACAGGCAUUUUAUCCAGAAAUUACCCCUUUGAGGGAUCGUAUGCUAACGAUAGGCUAGGUGUAAACCUACGACCCAAUGCCGUGUUUAAGCAAUCGCAAGAAAUGCUCGAGUCACUCAAGAUGCCUUCAUAUCCUUCACAACCCUCAAAUAUACCCGCCACAAUCCCAGAAGAGUCAUCGGGUCUGAAUGGUUUGCGAAAUUCAUCUGAAAAUUUACCCAGUGAUCCUUUUUCGUCCAAUGGGGGGAGCAGUAGAGACCGCUCGGAUUUAUCCUACAACAAUCAUCCAUCAUUUUUUAACAGAUUGAAUGAAGGGGUGGGUAGUAGUUUGGAGGCGGAAACCCCAACAUCGCAACCAACAGGGUCAAGUUCUCAUGAAUUAUUUGGAGGAGCGAACGGUGUUAAUGUUACCGACAAACCACCACCAGUUCGGAAGACCCGGGCGACUACCACUGAGAUUACUACAAGGAAGCUUACAAGCCGAAGCACUCGUGAGGUCGGUAAUGACGGUAAGCGGUCUGCAGCAUCUUCUCAGGAGUCAGGACCUCAAGCACCCGCUAGAAGGAGUACAAGACUCACAAGCAAAUUUACAAGCAAGUUGGGUGUUGGAACAGAGAGGGAAACUAGAUUGGGAACAAAGGAGAGGGAACGGGAAGCCAAAAAAGCAAGGACUGUAGCCAAUCGAAGCCGAAGUCUGCAUCUAACGGGAACUUCUGCUUCUGCAAAAGAGCGGCAAAAGGAGAGAGAGCGGGAGAACAGUGAAGAUAUCAAUAUGUCUGAUGCUACAUCAAAACCAACCUUUGCGCCGGGGCAUCAGAUUGAUAUAAAGAAGCAGGAAGCGCAGUUAUUUAUACUUGACCUAUUCAAGAAAGCUGGUGCUGGGUAUUUCAGUCUGAGCAGAUUUCGAUGCAAGGAAGCUCUUCAUGCGUUAAACUCGCUACCCUUGAGUCAAAAGGAUACCCCUUGGGCCCAAAGCCAGCUUGGAAGAGCAUACUACGAAAUGGCUAACUAUAUUGAGGCUGAAAGAUGCUUCUUAAGAGUACGCCAUUUGAGCCCCGUUCGAACCCGGGACAUGGAAGUAUUUUCAACAAUUCUCUGGCACCAGCGUAAGGAAGUAGAUCUUUCUUACUUGGCGCAUGAGUUGGUUGAGCUUGACCGACUUUCGCCAGAGGCUUGGUGUGCGCUUGGUAACUGCUUUUCUCUACAGCGAGAUCAUGACCAAGCUUUGAAAUGCUUCAAAAGAGCAACACAACUUAAUCCGAAAUUGGCGUAUGCCUUUACACUUCAAGGGCAUGAACAUGUGAGUAAUGAGGAGUACGAGAAGGCUCUUGCUAGCUAUCGAAGCGCGAUCACCGCCGAUAGUAGGCAUUACAACGCAUGGUACGGUCUUGGGAAAGUAUUUGAGAAGAUGGGUAAGUUCGACACUGCAGAGAAGCAUUUCCGGACAGCAUCGAAGAUAAAUCCUACGAAUGCUGUUUUGGUGUGUUGUGUUGGGAUGGUGAUGGAAAAGAACAAGGAUUUUAGGGGAGCAUUGCACCAGUAUAACAUUGCCUGUGAAAUGUCACCUACAAGCGCACUCUCUAGGUUCAAAAAGGCACGAACUUUGAUGUUGCUCAAGAGCUACCAGCCUGCUCUUAAAGAGCUACGGGUAUUAAAAGAUCUCGCGCCAGAUGAAGCCAAUGUCCAUUACCUUCUGGGGAGAUUGCAUAAAUUGCUCCAUGACAAGAAAAGUGCCAUUAAACAUUUCACCAUUGCCCUUAACCUAGAUCCAAAGGCCGGUCAUUUAAUAAAAGAAGCUAUUGAGAACCUUGACGAGGACGAAGAAGACGAGUAUUCGGGUGACGCGGAAGAAAACCGUUUUCUGGAUCAUUAAUCGCUGCGAAAGGGUUGAAAGUGGCCUGGAUGUGGAGGCUUGGGGCUUGAUUCUGUGGAAAUCGAAUACUACGAAGUGAUGAUCAAAACAAAAAGGGAGGAGCGGACUGUAUUGCAUAGCCUUUUUCCGUGUCUUGUGAAUGCAUAGCUUUCUUUUAUGCCUCUUUCUCUCCUUCGGUCUUGUUAUUGGGGUUUUUCUUUCCUGCAAAGCGGUCUUUGGGGUGGGUUGGUUUUAUUCUCAUUUCUAAAGGGGUUCUUUUCUCAUAUAUAUAUAUACGGUUACAAUUGCUACCAGGGUAUGGAUGGGAUGCAUGGAGUGGGCUCCUUUUUUCCUUUGUUUGUUACUACUAUACACUUUUAGAGCUCUUUCUUCUCUUCGGAGAAGUUGUGCGUGUUAUUGGCGGGGAACUGCAGGUGUACUCAAGGCAACCUCCCCCUUAUCCGUUACCCCCAUUAAACCUUUUUCCAGCCCUAGCCAGCUUGCUUUGUGUAGUGGUGGUGUAUGAUAUUAUUAUUCAGUUGUUUUUCUGUCUU